AUGGCCGGAGAUCCCAUGAGACCUGACUUCCAGCUACUGUCUCCUGCCGUUCCCCCUGAGCAGCAGAACUGUGAGCAGGAGUGGAGCCCCAGUCUAAGGCAGGAGGACCCAGAGCCCACACAGAUUAAAGAACAACAGGAGCUCAGACUCAGUCAGGAGGACUCACCUCAGCCCUCAUAUCUGUACCAAAACCAAACUGUGGAUGAUGGAGAGAGGAGCACUCUAGCUAUCAUCAUAACUGAGGAGAUCAAAACAGAAGCUGAUGGAGAGGGCUACAGAGUAGCAAAACCAACCAGUGAUCAGCCCCUCUCAAAUCAUCCAGACUACUCUGCUGCAGUGGAGAAACCAUAUCGGUGUCAACAAUGUGGCAACAGCUUCACACGUAAGGGACACUUGACCAUCCAUUCAAGGAUACACAUAGGAGAGAAAUCUUAUCUGUGCAAACAAUGUGGCAAAAGCUUCAUCCAGAAAGGUGACUUGGACAGACAUACAAGGGUACACACAGGAGAUAAUCCAUAUCAGUGCAAACAAUGUGGCAAAAGGUUUAGCCAGAAGGGACACUUGACCGUCCAUUCGAGGAUACAUACCGGGGAGAGACCAUAUCAGUGCAAAGACUGUGGCAAAGCCUUCAACCAGAAGAUAGAAUUGACGUUGCAUAUGAGAGCUCAUACAGGAGAGAGACCAUAUAGCUGUCCUGUAUGCAGGAAAGGUUACAUCGCAUUAAGCUAUUUAAGACGUCAUCAGCGUGUUCACAUAGGGGAGAAACUUUACCAGUGCAAAGAAUGUUACAAAUGCUUUGGUUAUAAACAUCGCCUAACAUCACAUAUGAGCACUCAUACUAAAGGGUAUAAAUUAUAUUACUGCACUGAGUGCAAUAAUAGCCUGAAAUGAAUCUGAYAUGAAAACAACAAAUGAAUACUUUGUCAUUGUGAAUUUCUUAAUACGUCCAACUUCUGAAUAAAAAUGUUCUCUUUUCUGGCAAUUAACAACAGAACAAACUGAGUAAUGUGUGUUGAGGGGAAAUCACCAGUCAGUAUCAGAUUGGUAAACUGAAUCUAGCGCUCAGUUUCAGGGACCUACCCUCCAGGACACUGCUGGCUUCAGGAAGUUCUCACAGCUGUAUCUAGAAAGAGCACACACUCCUGUUCUCCGUAUACACAAAUAACAACUGUAUGCAAAAACAGUGACCUCACCUUCAUCAAAUACCUGUAUGCGGACGACAUGGCUCUGGUUGCUUGCCUGGAUGGCAAAUCCAGCUCAAGUUUCUCCCAGUUAAUUGAUGACCUCGCGACAUGUUUUGACAAUAGCUUCAUUGACGUCAAUUUCACCAAGACUAAAGAACUAUGCCUCGGUGGUAAGAUGCGGAAUAAUGCAAGCAAACACACACUGACCAUGGUGUAAAGAUCCCUGAUCGAGAGUGUUCUCACCUUCAUCUCCACCUGGUAUGGGAAUUGGGAACCUCUCGUUCAGGGACAGAAGUAAAAUGGCAAAAGUUGUCAAUCAGGUCAGCAAAAUAGUCAGCAGCAAAACAGCCACAACUGCAAGAACUGUACACACAGAACAUUACAAGGAAAUCACUCCAGGCCUUCAACGACCACGCCCGCCCACUGCAUGUAUCCUUCCAAAUGCUGUCUGGUCAGAGAUGAAAGGUGCCACUCGCACGGAAGAAUGGCUGGAGAAAUCCCCUCCGCAGUGACAAUUCUAAAUAAGAUGAACUGACAUGUAAAUACUUUAUGUAAUAUGUAUGUUU